AUGCUUUGGGCUAUCACACUCCUUCUUACUCUAGCUUCUUGCUUUGCAUCCUCCCAACCCUUGGUGCAAGAACGACGUCGGCUAUGUGUUGGCUCGCUUUGUUUGGGCAAAUCCGGCAAAUCCAAGUCCGCUGCCUCCACUACCGAAAACUUCACCAUUGAAAAUCUCAAAAGCCUUAUCGAACGAUACGAUUACGAAGGCGAUGAAUUCCCUCCCCUCCAACAGGUUCCCUUAGUCACUUGGGACGGAUCGACUAGCAAGCGCCGGCUGAGCUAUCGCACCUGGAGAGUGGACGGCAUGGGUCAAACUGCGAUUGACCGUCUUACAGGCCCCCAGGAUACAUUCUCAGUCUUCCUUGAAGUCCAGAUUACUGGCAAAGACAAUCUUUAUGGCAACUUCACCGGAGUGGUCCCACUGCGGGAAUGGGACCAGGAAUUCGCGGGAGAGAAAUGGGUGAAUCAUGAGAGGGGCUUGGCUCGUGGAAGUGGGAACAAUCCCUAUCCCAGGAGGACCGUCUUCAACAUAGCGAUUCCCACAAACGUAGACCCUACGUUGAUUGAAUACACCUUUAAUGGAGUGUGGAGACCUUAA